AGUGAUAACAAUGCCAAUUCUUUUCUCACGUGAGCUGCUCAUCUCCGUAGUGGUCGUGCUGCUUGUUCCCCUCUACCUGUACCUCAGGGCUAGUUGUAGAUCAAAGAACCCAUCAGUGCUCCCAACAAACUGGCCAAUAUUGCACAUGCUCCCUUCCUUAGUGGCCAACAUCCACAACAUCCAUGACUAUGGCACCCUGGUCCUCGCUGGAUCAGGCCACAACUUCAGGGCGCACGGCCCACCCGGGACCGGAAUGCGGUUCUUCGUCACAUGCGACCCUAGGAACGUUCGACACAUCUUUACAACCAACUACACCAAUUUCCCCAAGGGCGCGGAGUUCGCCGCUAUCUUCGACAUCAUGGGCGGCAGCCUCUUCACCAUCGAUGGCGAGCUGUGUCUUAGGCAGCGUGCCAAAGUCAAGGGCGUGCUCAGCAAUCCACGGUUGGUUGCUAGGAUUGCGGCUUGCUGCCGUGACAAGGUGAAGAACAUCCUGCUCCCUUUAUUUACCCACAUGGCGAGCACAGGCACCCCGUUCGACAUGCAAGAAAUGAUGUCGAGGUUUAUGUUUGACCUGGCUGCUACGUCUCUCUUCGGCGUGGACCCUGGCCUCCUAUCCCCAGCCAUGCCCCCCAUGGACGCCGCAGUCGCCAUGGAUAUAGUCAUGGAGGUGGGUUUUCUCCGACACGUGAUGCCGGCUUCUUGCUGGAAGUUGAUGAAGCAACUAAACAUCGGCCCUGAGAGAAAGCUUCGCAUGGCGCACAGGGUGCUACGAGGGUUCAUUGUGGAGACGAUGAAGAGGAGGAAGAUCAACACAUGUCAUGUUGGUAAUGACGAGGAACAAGAUGGUGUGGAUUUUGUGUCUUCGUUCCUCCAUGACCCUGACUAUGCUGAUGAUGACUUGUUUCUUGCUAUGAUGAUUGGUUACAUGGUCGCUGCAAGGGAUACAGUUGGAACUACCCUAACAUGGUUCUUCUACAACCUCACCCAGAACCCUAAGAUUGUGCCAAUCAUCCGCAAUGAACUCUCACCCAUUGCAUCAAACAAAGUAGUGUCCAGUGUGGGUGCCAUGGUGAUCUUUGAACCGGACGAGACCAAAUCUCUAGUCUAUCUGAGAGCCGCCUUGUACGAGACUCUCAGGUUGUACCCACCGGCGCCAAUCGAGCGCAAGACGGUGUCCGGCGAUGAUAUCAUGCCAAGUGGCCACCAGGUGCAAGCCGGCGACACCAUCUUUAUUUCUCUCCACUCCAUGGGUAGAAUGGAGGGCUUGUGGGGUAAAGACUGCCUCGACUAUAACCCAGAUAGGUGGCUCUCGGAUGAUGGCAACAACCUCAAGUAUGUACCAUCUCACAAGUUUUUAGCCUUUAACUCAGGCUCGAGAAUGUGCCUCGGAAAGGACAUCGCGAUUAUGCAGAUGAAGACUGUCGUCGCCACAAUGUUGUGGAACUUCGAUGUGCAAGCGGUGGAAGGGCAGAGCAUUCAACCCAAGCCAUCUUGUAUACUAGAGAUGAAGAAUGGGCUCAUGGUUAAACUGAAGAAGCGAGAAAUGUAAUUUUAUGCUCUCUAUGCGUGCACAUACUUAAAGGCCACUAGUACAGUUUUAGGCCGCACGCAAUCGCACUAUUGUUGAAUUAUAAAGGCAUCCAUCCAUCGCGAUUUAUUUUUCCUUUAUGAUAAAUAGUGCUAUUAUUACUCUGUUGUAUGGCAUGGCAUUGUAAAAACGCAUCAAACAUAAUCAAGCGCGCGGCACCAGUUAUUUGGUUUGUCGAGGUGGUUGGAAAAUUGUAACCACCUGUAGUAACUGUCGGAGGAUGUCGAAAAUUUGAAACCAAGCCACGGCUGAACUUGUUUGAGGGCAAGCUACUUCUUGCACUUUAUACAUCCUAGAACUUCCUAUUUUGAUAGAUUGUAAUUUUAGUAACCAGCUCUAUAUGUUCCCAUCGCCAUCCAAUGCAAAGCAUUGUAGAAAGGGCGCUGGCCGGCCGGCCCAAUAGUUGGGCUGGUGGCACCCGAGCCGCCCGAUGCAGCGAGCCAGGGCCAUCCAAUCUGCGCGCGAGCCCUUUGUUUCAUCCCCUUCCCCUUGUGUCGUCUUUCUCUCAGAACAUGAGAUGCUCGCCGUCGACCGCCCCACUGACAGCCAUGGAUUGCACCUCGUCGUUGUUGGUUUGCUUGCAACCUUGCCUCGGUUCGCCGUUCGCGUCCCUCGCCAUGGCCGCUUCGUCUUGCAUCUCCUGGCCAUGGACGCUGCUGGCCAUGGCCGCCUCGUCUUGCAUCUCCUAGCACCGGUCGGCACGGUUGUAGCGCGUGACGGACCCCCAUUGUUGCAGCAUUGGGUUGCGCUGCCCCGUCGUCUCGCCGACAACGCUCGACGUGCGGGUGGCGUCCGUCCGCUGCCUCCCUCGCCGUCAUCUCCUGGACUCCACUACUUCACCCACUAUAACCAUCGCAGCAAAACAAAAAGGCAAAACAAAAAAGGUGGAUUUAGCUUUUGUUGAUGCCGGUUGCAGCUCACCGAGGCAGGAGAAGCAGCAUCCGUCGUCAUCUCAACACCGCUUCCAGCUUUCCUAGGCAACGGUUCCAGCACCCGCAUCGCGUGGUUGCAGCUCUGCUAGUAACCUGUUCCAGCAAAGAAAAUCGUCUGCCAGGUCAUAGCACUAUGCAGCUCCGCCAUGAAGGAUGUAGCAAAUUCCCUCGCCGGUAGUAGCAAAAAAGAACGACGGUUGCAGCAAAAAGGUCGCUGCCGUCGCACCAUUGCUUGUGAAUGCAGCUCAGGUAGUACUCGGUUCCAGCAGUUCUGGUUGUAGCUUUCGGCGACACAUGUUCCAACAUCGCCCGGGCAACGUAUACAGCUUCCAGCGACAUUGGUUCCAGCAUCUCCCCCACUGCUUCCAGCAAACCUCAUGGCCACAUGUAGCAUCUGUGUUUGCCGUUCCCAGCAUCCUGACAGGCAGCUCACAGUUUGGGUUUGCAGCACAUCAGAGGGUGUGGCGUCGUCGUCUCCGGCCACUCCUUGCUGCAAAAAUCGGAUGCGGCCAUGUCAAGGGAGAGCAGCAGCGAGUGGGGAGCAAAAAUCAUGUGCGAGGGGUCAUGGAGUUGGCUUGAGGAGGGAAGAAGAAGCCAUGGAGGAAAAACGAGUGGCUCUGAAGACAUAACGAUAAGGAGAUACGAAACUUGGCUGACUAGGGACGAAACUGCAAGUGCCUCACUAUGAUUUUUUUUCAGUCAGAGGACACGUCAAUCACUUGUUCUCCUUUGGCAGGUGUAGGUGUAGUAACAAUAGGCAAAGUAGCCGACAAGGCUCAAGCAAAAAACAUUGCAGCAGAUAACAAGAGGUAUUAUCAACCGG